CGUAGGCACAUGCAACAAGGUCUGACAGCUUCAGAAAGCUCACUUCUCACCAUGGGGUGCACGGGAGCACAGAAGCAGCUCUUCAUCAUGAAAUCCUUCUUCCUGUUUCUCUUCACUCUGUUGUUGGUGUCCAACGGGUCUUCAGCUGUCAUCACGGGGGCUUGUGAGAAGGACUCUCAGUGUGGAGGAGGGAUGUGUUGUGCGAUGAGUUUGUGGAUCCACGGCCUCCGUAUGUGCACGCCCAUGGGACAGGAAGGAGACGACUGUCACCCCAUGAGCCACAAGGUUCCUUUCUUUGGGAAGAGACUCCACCACACUUGCCCCUGCCUGCCCAACCUGUUGUGUAUCAUCGUAGAGGAGGGCAGAUUCAAAUGUCUCUCACCGUACCAGUAUCCAGAUAACUACCUAUGAGGACCCCCCACCCUUAUCUGCCACUUGCACUGUAACUCUCUGCCUUUGAA